UCAUUGUUUCCUUUUACGUGUCUUCAUUGCAGGGUCUCUUUCUCUCUCCCACAGCCUCUUUCAACGUUUUUGCAUCUGAAUUCUGCCGCGAAGAAUCAAAUUCCGUCCAAUUCUCGCCGGUAGAUCUCUCAAUAUUCCGGCGACUUCCGUCUGCUUUUAGUCUCCAUGAAUCCAGAAUAUGACUACCUGUUCAAGCUUCUGCUUAUCGGUGAUUCUGGUGUUGGGAAGUCAUGUCUCCUUUUAAGAUUUGCUGAUGACACAUAUCAGGAGAGCUACAUAAGCACAAUUGGAGUUGAUUUUAAAAUCCGGACAGUGGAGCAAGAUGGGAAGACCAUUAAGCUUCAGAUUUGGGAUACUGCUGGACAAGAGCGUUUUAGGACUAUCACUAGCAGCUACUAUCGUGGAGCCCAUGGCAUAAUAAUUGUCUAUGAUGUGACGGAUCAGGAGAGCUUCAAUAAUGUGAAGCAGUGGCUGAAUGAAAUUGAUCGUUAUGCUACCCCAAAUGUUAACAAGAUUCUUGUCGGGAACAAGUCUGACCUUGCAGCUAAUAGAGUUGUGUCGUAUGAAACGGCUAAGGCCUUUGCUGAUGAAAUUGGGAUUCCAUUCUUGGAGACCAGUGCGAAAGAUGCUAGUAACGUAGAACAGGCUUUCAUGGCUAUGACUUCUGCUAUCAAGAAUAGUAUGGCAAGCCAACCAGCCACAAGUACUGCCAAGCCUCCAACUGUAAAUAUUCGUGGACAGCCUGUUGCUCAGAAUAGUGGCUGCUGCUCAUCUUGAGUCCUUUGACUACAAGAGAACCUCCGCUAUUUGCUUGAUGGCUCAUCCAUGACAUAUCUACUGUAAUCUCACUAAUCACAAGCAAUGUUUACCCUUGUGGACUUGUCCUGCAAAAUCCUUACAGCUAGAUGUAUCUUCUUUUUUCUUGAUUAAAAAGAUUUUUUAAUUGAAGUGUACAAAUUGUGAACAUAACGAUUGUUGAACUUUGACAACUUAGCCCUGCUUCAGCUUGACAAAUA